AUGCCCUUUUUGACGUACGCCAAAGCCCUCGCCUUGAGAAAGAGUCUUGGUGACGAUGCAGAGGUUCUGACCUCUGAUUCAGAAGGUUAUGCCGAGAGCAUCAGAAGAUGGAGUGAAACGUGUGAAAAAGAGGCUGGAGCCGUUGUGCGUGUUACAACAUCACAACAGGUCGCUACUGUUGUUAGUUUUGCAAGAAAAAACCAUGUCCCUUUCGUGGUCCAAGUUGGAGGCCACUCCACAGAUGCCUCAUCCUCAACACAUGGUGGAAUCGUCAUUGAUUUAUCCAAAAUGUGCAGGGUGGUUGUAGAUCCAGCUAGCAAGACCGUGGCAGUCCAAGGAGGCGCAACAUGGCGAGAUGUUGAUACAGCUACAGCACGAUAUGGACUUGCUAUUGUCGGGGGUACCCUUGAUCUGAGUGGGGUUGCUGGAACUACCUUAGGUGGAGGAUACGGCUGGCUGACUGGUAGAUAUGGUCUCGCUAUCGACAAUCUCCUAAGCGUGAGGAUUAUCCUGGCUGACGGCAGUGAUAUUGUCGCAUCUGAGACAAAAGAGCCUGACUUGUUUUGGGCUGUUCGAGGUGCGGGACAGGCCUUUGGAGUCGUCACUGAGCUUGUGUUCCAAGCACAUGAUCAAAAGUCCCCAGUCUUUGGAGGACUGUUGAUAUUUUCUGUCGAAAGUUUGAAAGAGGUCGUCGAGUUUUCAAAUAACUUCAGCAUGAGGGCAAACAAAGACCAGGGGUUAUUUUUCGGAUUCACUUGUCCCCCGCCGGAACGCAAAGCGGCGAUAUUUGCUAUACUCUUCUAUAAUGGGUCCUUUAAGGAAGCACAAAGCUUUUUCUCACCCCUGUUGUCUAUAAGACCAAUCGUUAAUGAAACCGAUAUGAUGCCUUAUGAGCGACUCAAUACCACCAUUGAACGAUUUACCUCUUCAACUGGCCGCAAGAGUAUCAGUGGGAUUAACGUCACCUUGCCGCUAGACUUCGAUCGUGUGUGUCACCUUUUCCAAAAAUUUAAAGCCAUCAUUACCACGAACCGGCGCGUUGAGGAAUCUACAUUGACUUUUCAGCUGCUUCCAUAUGCUGCGACUGUCCAAGUGCCCUUAGAGGGCACUGCGUGCGCCAAUCGCGGGCUCAACUACAACGCGUGCAUUAUUUUCUGCUGGCACGACCCAGAUCAAGACAAGAGCAUGCACAAUCUCCAACAAGAACUUCUAAUGGAGGUGGAAGACUGCGGGGGAAUACGAGAUUAUGAGAAACACCAUCAGGGUGUAGGAGUAGUGUACGCUAAUUUCGCUGGCAAAGCAGCACCGUUGGUUGAUAUUUUUGGGGCAAACCUACCCCGUCUGCAGCUCCUGAAAACAAAGUACGACCCGGAUAACGUGUUCAAGAAAUGGCACAACUUGCUUCGAGAAUGA